CUUAUUAUUGCGUUUUUCUUGAUCAAAAUUCAUAAAUAGGAACUUUAGGACGACUAGACAUCGGCGGGCAUUUCGUCCUUAUGUUGUGGAUAUUUCUCCAAUCCGCACUAAACAAGAAACAAGAAACAUUUAUUGAGAAGCUGUGUAGGUACAUACAUGCAGGUGUCAAACAUUAUAAAAUUGUCUCAACAGCAUGUCCAUGUCGGACGUACAAUAUUACAAAUAAUGUCAGUAUUGAGCAUCAAGGAAUUAAGUAAGUACCUAAUAAUUAGUCACAUUAUAAACAUUUGUCAAUUUUAAAUAUCAUUGUUGUUGAAAAUAUUCAUUCAAGUCAUAAAAUUCCAUAUCAACUAGCCAAUUUUUUAGACGUUUUUUAAAUGUCUUACCUUCAAACAAUUUUAUUUCGGUGGGUAAGUGAUUGAAAAUUCGAACGGCUGAUACAAAUACACUUUUAUAUAAUACUGAACCGUUUGAUGAUGGAAGAUAAAAGUUAUAUAAAUAUUUGGAACGUAAGUUUUCCCUAACUGAACAUUUCUCUAUAAAAUAUUCCUUGUGAUUUUUUACAAAUGUACAAAUUUCCAAAAUGUAAAUACAUGUCAAGGUUAGUAGGUUGUUAGUUUUAAAUACAUUUCUGAGUGAUUCAAUUUGGUACUUUCUAUAAAUUAUCCAUAUACAUCGCUUCUGCAAAAUAAAUAUUGAUUUGACGUUUACAGAAUUGCCCCAAAAAAUUAUUCCGUAUGACAGUAUGGGAUAAACAGUGCCAUAGUAAGCACUUAUUGUGACCGACAUUUUGCCUCUUCCUUUUUGAUGCAAACAGCGAAGGACUGGAACUUGUCUGCCGUCGUCUGUUAUUCCAACUCGUUAUAAUCUGGGAGUCUUCAAGGAUAGAGUGAAUAGGCAUUAGCUAGGAAAGCGAGAUCCACCCUAGACUAAAUCGUCACUUACCAUAGGUGAUAUUGUGGACAAACGCGAACCUAUUUUAUAAAGAAAAUAAUAAGUUAAAUAGAAAAAAAGAGAGUGUGUUUCGUCAGUUUUAGAUCUGUCUUUAUUUAGUUAUAAGAAUUUCAUAAUUUAUCUUUGACGUAGGAUACUACCCAUUUCGCAGGGGGAGCAAAACCUAUGGGGUGUUUCCAAUAAACUUUGAAAUCAUGCAAAUUUCCAACUUUACUUUAUAUUUUCUUUAUUUUUACAUUUCCAUUGCAUUCUGUAGUCCUUCUACUCGACCACGCCGCCACCUCCUACCGAAUUGAGACAAAAGAAACAGUCGACAAACAUAUGCAAACCGACGAGGACAAAUUUGACGAUGCGAAACAUAUUGAACACAAAGGUGACACAACAAAAACCGAACACAAAAAUGGCUAUAAAAAUUCUGAACACAAAUAUGACUACAAAAAUUCUGAACACAAAAUUGACAUUCAAAAGAAGAACGCAAUAAACGUUCAGAAAUCGUUAGAGAUUUUGGAGAUAACCGACGUGGCGGAAGACACAGGGGUGGAAGUGAGUUUCGAGAGGAAAAGUUGGGGGGAGGAUGAUGGGAGGGAGUGCGAGGAGCAUUACAGGACUCCCAGCGACUACCUGCAGCCGCUGACGGAGGCGGUGACCGACCAGAUCGACCAGCUCAUCUGCAAACUCAACGAAUGCCACCAGGCAUAUAAUUAGGUCACACUUUCUAUACAUUCUCAGGGUGGUAGCACUGAGUAUCAAAUUGUAGGUUAGCUUUUUA